CGUCUCCGCCCCCGGGCAGGUGAUCGUCUGCUUCGACAGCUUGAUGCUUAUAAAGACAAUCGAGUGAGCGUCAAGAUGCUCUUGGAGGACUCAAACGCUAAGGAUGCUUUGGCUUCCGAUAAUGAAGCCCUUGAAGCCGAACUACUCGGUUUGCAGACACGACUGGCUUCCCAACAGUUGGAAUUCUCCUCUCACCAGGUGGAGCUGCAAUCGAGUUUGGCUAGUUUAAAGGCAAAACUUGAGGAAGCGACGAUACAAACCUCAGAUUAA